AUGACAACAACAACAGAAGAGGAUUCACUGGUCAAGGCUCUUUACCUGGAGAUUAUCCGAAAGGAUGAGUAUUUGCUUUGGAAGCAGGACCCAACCUACGUUGGAGAAGAACUGGCAAAGCAGCGCAGCAUCGGUGACAAGCCUGGUUCAAUCCCUGGAGUGUUUCGGCACCGAGUCGACAUUUCUCAUCUCAACCAAAACUUGGCUGCGUGGCAGGCCCGCCUUUCUUCAUUCAGUGAUCCCUUCUACUCUUAUGCUAAUGUCAGCAGCAUGACUCGGGCUGAAGCAAAUGCGUCUAAGGGUACGUUUGAGUACAUAUUGGAUGACCUAACAUGGGGGUGUCAGUACUCAGUCAAAAUCCGAGAGACAGCAAGUGGCAAUACACAGAAGACCUUGGUCAUUCACCUCCCAAACGACGGCUACUUCUAUCUCAAUGGGACCAAGAUGGAGGAAUUCUUGGGGAAAGUGAAAAAAGCCGGCGUUCCCAACAGCCGCCACCGAAACACCUGCCACAAGGGGUGGGCGCAACUGGAAAAAACUGUUUUGGAUAAGCUCUUCCCGUUCCAGGCAUUCAUGGUUGCUUGGUUUGGGGGGAACCAUGCACCCCAGCGGAUGGAGAAGAUGGUUAUGCACCAUUCAGAUGCCAACCGUGUUGACAUCUGCAUGCGCCACAUGGAUCAUUUCAUUGACAUAGAAUUCUCAUUUGAGCACAGCUACCCCUUUGCGCUCGACGAUGGCUGGUGGGAGAACUUCUAA